AAUACGCCCACAGUACCUGCACUCUCCGUAUAAAAUCACUUUGGUCACUGUACUCUGGCAACUGCAAAUUACGGUCAUUAUGCUAACGUUGCUUGCUCACCAUACGGUCACUUGCGCCCGAAACGUACGUAUUUGCACAGCUGGCAUGCGAUUUUUGCAAUUACACCCUCCCCUAUCCCUCUUCCCCUUCCCCUCCCACUCGUUCCCCAUUCCACAUCCUGAGAAAUCCCUAGCUCGCAAGUCGCGGCCGCCGUCUCAGCCGCGCGUCGUCGCCAUCCGCGCCCACCCUCGCUCGCUGCCCCGCCCCCACUCCACCACCUGCCUCCACUCCCGCACGCAGCCGGAGUCGGCACGCAGGAUAUCCAGCGCGAGCUUGUCCUCCGCUACGAGCUUGUCGACGACGACCAUGUCCAGCGCGAGCUCGUCCGGGAUAGGUCGCGGUGUUGCUGCUGUUGUGCUCCCUCUAAUCAAGUGCCCUGACUGCAGUCAGACUGUGAGGCGAUUCUUCUCGCAGACCCCGGCGCAUACGAACAUCUUCUUCUACAAAUGCAUGAACCAUAAUCCAAAGAAAGGUGGUUGUGAUUUCUGGCACUGGGAGCUAUCAUAUGUUCUGCAUUUGGUGAAAUAUGGUCAUUCGGGAAGGCAUGAGCAUCAAGCAGGGCAGGGGCAUGGCCAACUCGCUGGGCAAGGGCAUGGCCAACAACCUGGACAUCUUCUGGUGCAAGAGGAAGGGAUUAAAGAGAUGAGAAGAUCAGUAGUUGCAGUAGGAAAUGAGGUUGUGGUUGUCUUGAAAAUGAUAGUUGCUUUACUAUUUGCACUUGUUGUGUUGUGUGGAGUUGCAGUGUUAAAAAUGUGAUCUUUGUGUGUUGGGGAAUAUGGAUGUAUCAAAUGAGAGUAU